ACAAAACACACACACAAUUUUUUUCGCCUCAGCAAUCCAGAAUAUUAUCCGGAACGAACACCAUCUAUUGGAUUUAUUCUCAAGUUAUAUUCUCAAAUGGAAUAAAACUAUUUCGACUGCAACAGCCAAUUCAAUGUCAGUCGCUUCUGUUUUAUCAUCAUCAUCAUCAUCGUCAUCAUCAUCAUCAUUGUUGAUUCAACCGAUCUCACAAUCUACACAAAUACGACCAUCAUGGUCAUCAAUGUUUCAAACACCAUCAAAUCAAAGUUUGAUACAAACGCCAUUAUCUUCAUUGAAUAAUCGUACACGACUUAAGAAUGUGAAUAGAAAUAAAAUUCCAACAAACAGAUUUACUAAUCAAACAUUAUCGAUUGUUUCGAAUCGAUAUGAUGGACAAAAAAUUUUACCUAAACAUAAAUCAUCAAAAAUGAUGACCGAAUCAAUGGCCAUCGAACCUGAACCACCAAUUUGGAUUGCUCCAACAUCAUUAGAAGAUAGACCAUCACCAAUUGUAGCCGAAUUUCAACCAAUUCAGGCUAAUCCAUUAAUGGUAGAUUUUAUGCCAGUUGAACCACAUUUAUCAAUGUAUCAUUCACAUGGUCAUCAUCAUCAUCAUCAUAAUGUUCAUCCUCAUCCUCAUCGUCAUCAUCAUCAUCCAUUACAUAUGAUUAAUACACCACCACCAUCAUCUUAUCCACAUCCACCAUUACUACCAUCACCAUUAUCACCAUAUCAUAUGGAAACAUUUGGUAAUGUUUUAUAUGAUCAUCAUCAUUCAUUAUAUCAUCCAAAUUAUAUUGAACAACAAUAUCAUCCUGGAUCGGAUAUGUUUUAUAAUCCAGAUGGUGAUGAUAUUAUUGUUGACAAUAGUAAUAUACAUAAUAAUCAUAAUCAUAAUCAUAAUGGACAUGAUGAUAGUGAUGAAGCUGAUACAAUAAAUGAUAAUAAUUAUAUGUUAGAAUCUGUACCACCUGUUGCACAGAAUAUGUUAUUUUCUGAACAACAAAAAAAUUCAAAUUAUUAUACACCAUUUAAAGUAAAUUCAAUUAAUGUUUAUAGUGAUUAUUUAACCGAUGAUGAUGAUAAACAAAAUGAUUCAAAACAAAAAUAUUGUCCAAAUAAAAAAGAUAUUACAAGAAAAGAUGUUGAUGAUGCAAUUAAAAAUGCAUCAUCCAAAUUAAAAUGGUAUUCAAGAACAAUUGAAAAAAAUGCAAUACAAACAAAACGUCGUUCACCAUAUAUACCACCUGGUAUGCUUGAUUCAAAACUUUUUGAAUAUGCUUCUAAAUAUCUUAAAGAUCGAAAAUGUUUAAACAAAAUGGAUGUCAUUACAAAAUUACCUAAAAUUAAUGUACGUCGUAUAUCAUCACAUUAUGAAAUGUCAACAUGUUCACAAGAGGAAAGAAUUGUAUGCGAACCAAAAGCUAAAUUUCGAUCGAUAGAUGGUUCCUGUAAUAAUCUCAAAUAUAAAACCUGGGGUAAAUCAUUUACAUGUCAUCGACGAUUAUUACCACCAAAUUAUGCGGAUGGUGUUGCCGAACCACGUAUUGCAUAUGAUGGUGGUAAAUUACCUAAUGCACGUGAUAUUUCAUCACAAUUAUUACCCGAUGUUGAUGUACAAGAUCAUAAAUUAACAUCAAUGACAAUGGCAUUUGGACAAUUUAUUAUACAUGAUAUUGCUAGAACAUUACCAUUAGCUAAUGAUAUACGUUGUUGUCCAAGUAAAAGUGCCAAACAUCCAGAAUGUUUUGCCAUUGAUAUAAUACGUUCGGAUGAUAUUCUUGUUAAAUAUUUUAAUCAAACAUGUAUUAAUUUUGUUCGUUCAAUUGUAUGUAAUCCAUGUGCACUUGGUCCACGUGAACAACAAAAUCAAGCAACACAUACAUUUGAUAUGUCACAUAUGUAUGGAUUACGUUUGAAUGAUUCAUUAGCAUUAAGAAGUUUUCGUGGUGGAAAACUUCGUGGUUCAUUAACAAGUACAUAUCCAAAAGAAGAAUUACCACCAAAAAUGACACGUGAAGAUCCUAGUUGUAAUGUACGACCAAAACCACCAAGAUUUAAAUGUUUUGAAACAGCUGAUGGUGUUCGUGCAUCACAACAUCCAGCAUUACAAUCAUUACAUACUGCAUUUCAUCGUCGUCAUAAUCAACAUGCUGAUGCAUUAUCAAAAAUAAAUCCACAUUGGAAUGAUGAAAAAUUAUAUCAAGAAGCAAGACAUAUUAUGAUUGCUGAAGUAUCUGUAAUGAUAUAUGGUCAAUAUUUAUCAGCAAUAUUUGGACGUAAAAUGAUGAAACAUUUUCGUUUAGGUUUAAAUAAACAUGGUUAUACACGUUAUGAUCCUAAAUUAAAUCCAUCAACAUUUCAAGAAUUUAUUACUGCAUCAGGUCGUUUUGGUCAUUCACAGGUUAAUGAUCGUUUUCGUGUAUUAUUUGGUGAUGAUAAAACAUCAUAUGCAUAUAAUUUAAGAGAUAAUUUUUUUGAAACAACUAUUGUUAGUUUAGGUCAUUCAGCAGGUGUAUUAAAAGGCUUGUCAUCUGAUCCAACACAAGCAAGUGAUAAUUAUUUUGUAAAUGAUAUAAAAAAUGCAUUAUAUCGUUUACGUCGUGAUCGUACUGGUAGAGAUUUACCUGCAUUCAAUAUACAACGUGGACGUGAACAUGGUAUACCUGGAUAUAUUUAUUAUCUUGAUUUUUGUUUUGGAUACAAAGUACAACAAUGGAAUGAUCUAGUGACAUUCAUACCGAAAAAACAUGUUAAAAAGAUACGACAAUUUUAUAAACAUUGGAAAGAUAUUGAUCUAUUUGUAGGCGGUGUAUUUGAACGACUUAUAUCUGGAGCUGCAUUUGGACCAACAUUUGGAUGUAUAAAUGGUAUACAAUUUUAUAAUUUUAAAUAUGGUGAUCGUUUCUAUUUUGAACAUGGUUAUCAAUCUGGAUCAUUUAAUGAAGAACAAUUAGAUAAUAUACGUUCAGUAGCAAGUCUUAGUUCAUUAAUUUGUAAAACACAUCAAGAAAUUAAACAAAUGCCAUCAAAUCCAUUUAUACAACCAUCACCACAUAAAAAUCCAAUGAUACCUUGUUUUAAAUUUUCUGAAUUUGAUUAUGAUCUUUGGAAAGAUAAAAAAGGUAAAAAUAUUAAAUAUUCAACAACAAUGUCAAAACCGGCAACUGUUGUUUAUGGAUCGGCAAAAUUUCCAAUGGGACCACCGCUACCACCACCACCACCACCACCAAUAUCAUCAUUAUAUUCAUUACCAAAAAAAUUACCACCAGUAAUGACAAAAAUACCACCAGGUAUUGGUUAUUCAAAACAAUAUCAUUAUCAAUAUCCAACGAAAAAAUCGCCAAAAUUAUCAUCACCAUCAUCAUCAACAACAUUGAUGACAGAUUUUUCCGAACGAAAAGAUAAUCAAUAAUUCAAUCCAAUCAAUCAAAUAAAUGUCAU